UCUCAUAAAAACCAAAGGACUUUCUCUCCUAAAAACUACUUUCUGUUCCCUUCCUUUCAUUUUCUUCGCUGACAGAGAAUACCUGCACACCUUCUCACGCACGCACGCAUACUCAAAACAGAACCCACCCCGGAGCCCACUCCCCCCUAUCCAUCACCCGUCUCUCUCUCUCUCUUUCAUAAUCCAUAGCUCUCUCUCUUCGGGAAGAAAGAGAAAGGAAAAGAGAAAGAUUUCGGAACAGGACAGUGCAGAGAAAAAACACAGAAUUUUUCAGCUCCACAUCAUCCUCCACCAUAUUAUAUAUUUUUUCCAUUUUUUCUUCUGUCGCUUGAUUCAUCAAAUCCCCCCCUCCCAUUGACACCCCAAUAUAACAUCCCCUCUUCACUCCUUGGCUCAUCAAACUCAAACCCUUUUUUCUUUGCUUCAUCUUGCUCAACUUUAGUUUUGAAUUUUAGGGUUUUAAGUUGUCUACUUCAAGCUUUUUUACUUUGACGUUCAAAAGGGUUUACUUUUUGGUGUUCAACAUGGAUAGUUACCAUCAUUUUGACAACGGUGAUACUUAUUUACCUCCUGGUUUUCGUUUCCAUCCAACUGAUGAAGAGCUUAUUACUUACUAUCUGUUAAAAAAAGUUCUUGAUGGUAGCUUUACUGGUAGAGCUAUAGCUGAAGUUGACCUUAACAAGUGUGAGCCGUGGGAACUUCCUGAGAAGGCGAAGAUGGGAGAGAAAGAGUGGUACUUUUUUAGUUUGAGAGAUAGGAAAUACCCCACUGGGUUGAGAACUAACCGAGCUACUGAAGCUGGUUAUUGGAAGGCUACUGGGAAAGAUAGGGAGAUUUAUAGCUCAAAGACUUGUGCACUUGUUGGAAUGAAGAAAACUCUUGUUUUUUAUAGAGGAAGAGCCCCAAAAGGUGAAAAGAGCAACUGGGUCAUGCAUGAAUAUCGCCUUGAAGGCAAAUUUGCUUACCAUUUUCUCUCCAGAAGUUCCAAGGAUGAAUGGGUGAUAUCCAGGGUCUUUCAGAAGAGUGGCUCUGUCAAUGGUGCCACUAGCAGCACUGGCGGAGGAGCCAAGAAGACCCGAAUGAGCGCCUCCAUCGCUUUCUGCCAAGAACUGAGCUCUCCUUACUCAGUCACCCUCCCACCCCUCCUUGAUCCCACCACAACAGCUACUGCCACAACCGGCACUACCUUUACUGACCGUGACAGCUGCUCCUUCGACAGCCAUACCCAAUCUGAGCACGUGUCCUGUUUCUCCACCGUUGCUGCUGCGGCUACCUCUGCUGCUGUCACCGCCACCAUUUCUAUCAACCCUCCUGCCUACCACCCUGGUUUCGACCUUGCAUUGCCACCUCCACCCCAAAUGACCAACAACACUUUUGAUUCAAUCGCAAGGUAUUCAAGAAAUGUGGAUGUUUCAGUGUUUCCAAGCUUGAGGUCUCUUCAGGAGAAUUUGCAGCUCCCUUUCUUUUUCUCCCAGCCAACAUUGGCGGCACCACCACUUCACGGUGGUUCAUCUGUUAACUGGGGGGCUGUAUCCGAGGAGGGUAACAAUGGUUCCGGUGCUGGUGGCAAGAUAUCACUGGGUCCUACCGAGCUUGAUUGCAUGUGGACUUACUAAUUAGAACUUUAGAAAAUGAGUUUCCCGUUUGUGUUUGAACUUCAUUAUAAUUUCUGAGUAUGUUGUCAUUAGGAGUAG